GCCCGCGAUUUCAGUCGCUACGUGAGACCCGCUGUAAUCGCAUCGGAACAGCGCGCGAGCCGAGUCGAAAUCGCGUGAAAAGCGAACGCACUGAAAAGAAAGAAAUAUUAAACACUAAUUGAUUGCGAGCCAAAUCAAAUCGGUAUAAGGCUCCUGAAUAAGGCGGAAUAAUACUGCAGUCGCCAAUUCAGCAAGAGUAGCAAGUAGAAAGUAGAAUACCCCUAAAGCUUCCAAAAUGCCAAAGCCCUUGGUCAACUCCUGCUGCCUGUGUCAGUCCACCCGGAAUGGCUCCGUCAUAUCCGGCAUCCUGGCGAUAGUCCUGUCGAUCAUCACCAUUGUGGUGAUCUUCACGACCCGCGUGCAUUUCAAGACGAUCAUCUUCGACAGCAUCUCGAACGACGUCGUCAAGAUAAUCCUUGUGAUCAACCUCUGCAUGACCAUUCUGAUAUCGCUCCUCAUGAUCGCUGGCGUUCUCAAGCGCAACCACUAUCUGAUGGUGCCUUGGGUCGUUUUGGGCCUAAUGAUUGCCAUUGGCCUCCUGAUCUCCGUCAUCUACACCGCAGUCGUCUUCUUCAUCGACGGCUACGUGCUGACGGGGGUUCUCUGGCUGAUCUUCGGCUUAAUUUGUUGCGCUGUCCUCACCUACUGCUGGUGCGUGGUCUACAGCGAGUAUGCCAAUCUGUCCGAGGAGAACGAACGUGGACGAUACAACAAGCAGCCUUACCGCCGCUAGAAUCCUGGAAGUCCUUUAAAGUUUAAGCCCCAGGCUCAUCACCAUUUGCAUUCUAGACGCAAACACCAUCUCACAUUUUAUCAUCUAGCUGCUUAUGUUUGUAUUUAGUGCCUAUGUCUAACUAAUAAUUGUAAUUUAAUUAAUGGAGGCGUGCCUGCCCUUCGCUCACAUCGAAUUUACGCAGCCCGCGGCAGUAAGUGCAAUGGAAUUAUGUAUUUAACAUUUAAAUAAAACUUUAAUCCGGAUA